UGACGGAUCUGGUUUUUUUUAUGUUUGGAUAUGGAGCAUUCGAGCUAUUGGCGAGCUUUCGGGAAGGUGGGGCACGGUUUUGGUGUUCUCACAGUUAUUUAUUUCGCUGGAAGGAGUAAAAUUCUUAUCAUUCGGACUGGGCUGGGCUUGGGGUUUUGGGAAGGAAAACGGACGGGGUUAGGAGACGAAGACCAUAUAGAUGAUGGUCUGGAUACAGGGAACAGAUUACGACAUGUCGGGGAUGGCGUGUGAAAACAGCUUUUAAGUUCAAUCAAAAAGCCCACAUAGGGAGCCAGCUUGUAGGAAUUUUAGGUGUAUAUAGAUAUCAAA